CAAAUUUCUCGUUUCUCCGCCGCUUUCGGCAACGCACGCUACACAAGUUUGGGAUCCUGUGAUGUUUGUCCCGGUUGCAGAAAGGUCGGCGAAAUAUCGGAUAUAAAACCCCAAAGGUAGAGCAACAGAUAGAGCUAUGCCUGGUGUGAAGCGUAAAGCCUCUACCACACCUGGGGAGAAACUUCCAGCUAAACUUAAGAAGCAGUCCACAAGUGUAAACUUGGAUAGAGCUAUCGUUACCUCAACACAGAAAACAUCCCAGAAAACUACACUCUCAAAAAUCAAGGAAAGUAGUGCACUCUCAAAAACCAAGGACAGUCCUAAAAGGUUUGCUGGAGAGAAAAAGGUUAAGAAGUCUCUGCCUUCCUUACCUAGAUUCCCUACGCUAGUACCAACAAAACCAGCUGCUUCCUCCGGAUCGGAUUUUGUGUUCAAUGUUUCUCCAGCUUCCAGUCCCAAAAAAGAAUUAAAUGUAUCAUCUAAGUCAUCAUCCAGUGAAAUACCUGGACUGAGGAAAGAAACUACAACAUUAAUAAAGACAGACGAUUGUCCUGGUAAUAAAGCUUCCAACAUAGAAAAGAGUGUGUUACGAUUAUCGUCGGGUUCUUACGUAGGUAGAAUCAUGAACAAGGAUGUCGAUGAUCAGAUGUUGCCUUCGCUGGAAUCCCUGGCUGUUUACGAACAAAAACAGAAAAGUAAGACAUCGGACGCCCCAUUUACUUGGGACAUGACAGAUACUGAUAGUUGUCCUGUACGGAAAUCUGUUUAUGAUGUUAAUGCCGUUUUGAACUUGUUAGACCAAGAAAACUCGCCAACCAAAUGCAGCUUAGGUGACAACACCAGUGACAAUGACAGUGAUGCGCCUCCUGUUCUUCAGGCUGAGGUGUACGAUGCCACGUCGUGUGAAGACUACGAUGAUGACGCAGCUGUACCAACUCUAACCUGUAUGGGUACCCCUUCAAAAUCUUCAAGCAAAUCUCCACGUAAAAUGACCGGUGGUCCGAGAGAAGUAGUGUUUUCAUUCGACACAACAGGCUCCAUGUAUAACUACAUGGAAGAGGCCAGCUACAGGAUGCGAGAACUCAUGAACCGGGUCAAAGACGACAUGCCAGGAACUCGUCUGGCCUUUGUUGCUCAUGGUGAUUAUUAUGAUCUGGCAAACGACAGAUAUCUUAUUAAGUGGAUAGACUUUGGGGCCAGUGUUGAUGAAGUUGAUACAUUCUUUGAAAACCUUCCCAUCACGCACGGCGGUGAUGCUGACGAAUGUUAUGAGCUAGUCUUACGUAAAGUGCGCGAGUCCCUGUCCUGGACCCCGGGUAGCCAGCGCAGUCUUGUUAUCAUCGGGGACUCUGAUCCCCAUGAGCCUGGAUACAAGUUCAAUGAUUUUGUCAAUGAUAUUGACUGGAGGCAGGACACUCAACUUCUUAAUGAGAUGGGUGUCAGGAUCUAUGCUCUACAGGUCGGCUACACCUCCAACUUCUACAGACAGAUUUCACAGAUGACUGGGGGAGCUCACCUUCGUAUCGAGAACACAGAUUUUACCUAUGACACACUGAUAUCUAUAUGUCUGAGGGAAGGAGGUCUCCGCCAUCUUAAGGCUUAUGAGCACGAGGUCCGAUCUGCAGCCAAGAAGUCUGGGGCCAAUGGAGGGACUCUCGACCUGGAACUGGAGCGUCUCUUUAGUUCUCUGAAAAGUAUAGCUGACAACAAAUCUCUCAAACAGCGAGAGAGAGAAAACAAACUGAAGGCUCGGGUCCUAGAGAUGACUACCGGUCCUAAAAUAUCAUCUCUUACAAAGAGACCAUCUGAAAAGGAAGCUACUAUUUCUGACAAAAAGAAACUAAAAGUAUCAUCGAAGUACCAAACAAAAGAAUCGUUGGUGAAGGCCAAGUCAUCUGAUAACCUAAGUCCUCAAAAAUUGACAAAGAUAAAAGAGAAGAAAAUUGAUAAAUCAAAAAAGAAGGCAUCAAUUGAAAAGGUAAUGAAAGUAUCCAAAACAUUAUCUUCUGAAUCUAAGACACAAAAGACAAAACUUCUCAAAAAGGAAAAAUCUGUGGGGAAAAAGCAAAUAGGAGAUGGGAAAUUGAAGAAAGUUGAAAGUAAAAUGCAGUCAAAGAAAGUAGUUGUUGGGACCCCGAAGUCGCUAAAAGCUGCAAAACCUAGAGGUAGACCAAGGAAAGAAGAAAAUUCAAAGCUGGUAGGGAAAUCUUCGAAAAAAGUUGCUUUAAAAUCUACUGGACGACCACGAAAAACAGCACAAGAAUCCAAAAAACUAGGAAGGCCAGUUACAAAAAAAGAAAAGACUAGCAAAACUGCAGAAGCGCCCAAAAAACAUGGAAAAACAGCCAAGAAAAUUGGAACGAGUAAAUCUGGAAAGCCAGCUAAGGUGAGAGCAGAUGGAAAAGCAAAGAAAACUGGAAGUCCAACGACAACAAAGAAAAAAGAAGAAACAUCUUUGAAAUCCUCAAGUUCUGUUGUUCAAAGGAUUGUGGCAGCAAAGUUGAAGCGUUUAGGAAAAUCCAACGCUAAUUCCAAAGUAAAAAUAGCUGUGAAAUUAAAAUCUGCUGUUAAAACAAAAGACAAAAAGUCCACAAUCAAGCCUAAAUCUGUAACAAAAACCGCUACAGCCAAAUCCAAGGAAAAGUUUGUUACAAAGAAAAAACUGAAUUCAACAAAAGAAAAUAGUAAACGGAAACCAGUGCCAGUCAAACUUAGUUUGAAAAAGCAAGAAUCCAAAGCUAAGAUAGCAAAAUUAAAAUCUGUUAAAAAAAUUCAGGAUAAAAAGAAGGCUGCUGGGAAAGGAUCGUUGAAUGAAAAGAAAAAAACUGAGAAGAAAGUUAUUAAAGCUAAAACAGCAACAACUAAAGGAGGAAGAUCAACAAGUGUACAACAAAAAGAGAAGAAAAAGAGUUUGAUAAAGCAGGUGAAAAAAGAAGUAAAGAUGGGAAAGACUUCCCUGUCAAAGUCCAAGAAAACUCCAGUAAAGGCUGCUCAAGUGAAGAAACCACAGAAUGUUGACAAGAAAAAGAUACAGAAUAACCCAAAGUCGAAAACAAGUGUAAAAUCUCCACAGAAAAAAAAAACUAGUAGCACAGAACCGAGGGAAAACAUCAGUGGAUCAAAGUUCAGUACCGGACCACUUUCUAAUGUAAAAUGGAGUCCGUGGACGGCAGUGAUCUCCCCAAAAUCGAAUGGAGCUGAUUGGUCCAAGUCUCGGGGCUGGUGCAGUGGCCAUUCAAACGAGGCACUCUACCAAGGACACGGGGCCACUCAGGCUCUGUACGAGGCAGCAGUGGUGCCCCCUGGCAGCAACAACAAAUAUGCAGUGACUUACAGUGUUGGAGAGGGUUCCCCGGCUGACCGAGUUUGGGACUGUUUCAAUGCUCCACAUAUACGACAACAAGUUCAACGUGUUGUCAAAGACAAAGGUGCUAUCUACGUUCGUCGAGGUGUAAUCGCAGGUCGUGCUAAAGAUAGUCUUCUCAAGGCUGAGACAUACAUCAAAGAAAACUUUGACUAUGCUUGGCAUGGAAGACAACGCACAACAGAGGUCAGAAAGGAGGGAUUCGUGUUGGCAAAAACCUGAACAUGUGUGACAACGCACAACAGAGGUCAGAAAGGAGGGAUUCGUGUUGGCAAAAACCUGAAUAUGUGUUCUUCUCAAUUUGUGUAUAUGGGAGUGGUCACUGUACUAAACUAGGUGCAUAGAUCAUGAGAAUUUUUUUGUUUGAAUGAAUGGUUGAUUGAUUGUAAAAAUUACAGUUUUAUCCAAGGAUAUUCAGAGGUCACCUGGCCUGUAUGGCCAGAAGCUGAAGGCAUGGUGCGGAGCCUGUCCUUCAGCUGUCGCUGUCCUGUCAACUUUUCAUAAAAAUCGCUAAUAGAUUUACCAUUAUUUAUAUUCACACCUUUGUAAAACCUGUUUUAAUGAAAACAAGAAAAUAAUAUUUAUCUAUCACAUACCUUUGUAAAGCAUUGUAAUUGAUUUUAGGCUCCUAGAUUUGUGUCUAACAUUUUAUAAUUGUUCAUACAUGAUUGUAGUGUUCCAUUUAAUCCAUUAGUUGUUUUACCUCUUUUAUCAGUUGAUUAUGAUUUUCUGUGAUUGGAUAUGAUCAUGGUUUUACUUUAACGUGGAGAAUUUUCACAAGAUGUUUAGUUUUAAAGCAACAUCAUGUUAACAAUUUUUUUUGUUUUAAUUAUUAUCAUUAUUCCAUAUUAUAUAUCAAAUGUAUCACUUACGAACAAUGAAAUAUGUAAGCGAUGAUGUAAAAUAAUCUCUUGCUGUUAAUCAACUGUCUGGAUAUAUAUAGAGGUUACACAACGAGUGGUUGUUGGAUAUGGAAUUUAUUUCACACGAGUAAGUUAUUUUUUAAAAGUUACAAAAGACACGAGCUUUA